AUGGCGGGCUGGGUUUAUAAACCUCUGCGCCCUCAACACAUGAGUUUGAAGGCCACUUGUCUCUUCGGUCUGUCACGUAUGCACAUGCGGCAAGGUCCAACAGCCUCAGCAUCCUUACUUUUCACCCUGGAGGGCACCGCAGCCCAGAGACAGCUCUUCGUCAUGAGGUCCUUCUUUCUACUACUCUUCUUCCUGUUGAUGGUGUCCCACGGAUCCUCAGCAGUCAUCACAGGGGCCUGUGAGAGGGAUUCUCAGUGCGGAGGAGGGAUGUGCUGUGCGGUGAGUUUGUGGAUCCGCAGCCUGCGUAUGUGCACGCCCAUGGGACAAGAUGGAGACGACUGUCACCCCAUGAGCCACAAGGUUCCUUUCAAUGGGAAAAGACUGCACCAUACUUGCCCCUGCCUGCCCAACCUGUCGUGUAUCACUAUAGAUGAAGGGAGAUCCAAAUGUCUCUCACCAUACAAGUAUCCAGAUUACUACCUCUGA